AUGGAGUCUGAGGCGCUAGAUACGAAGCUAACGCGGCUUGAAAUUACGGUCCAGAGAACAGAGUUUGUGUUGACUUCUGCACGACGAGAACAAAUCAAACGGCACCUAGAAGCAUUGAAAUUGAAAGCGAUUUCACGUGAAACUGACGAAUGUAAACGAGGCGUAGAACACAAGAAAAUCGCAAAUAAGGAAAAUUUAUCCAAGAUAAACAAAUGGCAUGACGAAAUUGACGAGAAAUUAAAUAAAGCCGAUAUCGAAAUAAGUCGUCUUGAAGUGUGGCUCAACAACAAGGAGAAACAUGAGAAAUUUUCUGCACAAGAAGAACAGCUGAAAUUCGAACUAAAGCUACACGAAACAAAGUUGAAGUUACAAACAGAAUUGACAACAAAUUCAUCGCCAGACACGUCUAAUACGACUACAAUCACAGUGUCUGAGAAAACCGCAAAGCUUCCAAAGUUGAUGAUCUCAAAAUUUAACGGAUCUUAUAUGGAUUGGCCCAGAUUUUGGGGACAGUUUUCCGAAGCUGUAGACAAGAGUACCAUAGCCCCUAUCAGCAAGUUUACGUAUUUGUGUGAAUUACUUGAGCCCAGUGUGAAACGUGUAGUCGAAGCCCUUCCGUUCACUCCCGAGGGAUAUAACAGAGCAAAAUCCAUAUUAAAAGACAGGUUCGGGAAAGAAUCGGAAAUCGAGAAAGCAUACGUGAAGGAGAUAUUGGAACUGCCCCACAUAACAAGUCCAAGUCCAAAGAAGAUUGGCGAAUUUUAUGAAAAAUUAUCUUAUUCGGUGCAAGCACUGAAGACCAUGAAAAGAUUGGAUCAAGUUUCUGGAAAUGUCUCGAUGACCCUACCCUGGUUGCCAGAGGUUCUGUAUCUUUCGCCUCUCGCUCGUAUUUAUUUUACGCGAGGCGAAGAGAACCUCUGGUGGCACGCGAUACAAAUCUCUCUUCCUUUGGUACAAAAUUUGUAUCAAGCACAUGAUUGGUUAGUUAUAAUUAGCAGUCACAUGACGUGAUGUGAUUGCUAGACAAAAAAACCUGUUCAUAAAUCUCAGAGAACAUGAUGUAAACAAAAUACAAAAAUAAUACGAACGUAUUAAAAUGAUUUACUUAGUGUGGGUUAUUUGAGAUUAACUUAGACUUAGUUUGUUCCGCUAUAAAAAGAUUUUCUGCACUGGAGAAGAGCUUCCAUCGCGUCAUGACUUGAGUUGACGGCAUGACAUGUUCACUCUAUUACAGUAUUAAUAUUUGUAAAAUAUAGUGUUAGUCACUUGCUUUAUAUCGUAGUCACUUGCUUUAUAUCGUUCAAGGUUUUAAAUUUUGAUAAUUCUUUGACUUUAAUAGUUAUUAAUAUGAUUUAUUUUGCCAAUAUUUUCCCGUUGUCUGUUAAGGACAACCAUACUGGCUCCGUUGCACACACAUACUAAAUAUUUAUAUAUUUAUAUAUUUAUAUUCUUGCACUUUUGACUUUAUAUGUUCACUAAUACAAACGGCAUUCCACAUUCUACAUGUUUCUAAUGAAUAAUCUACAUGUUUGGUCUGCUUAUUUUUAAUAUUUUACACAAGGCUGCCCAAACACUGCAAACGGUCUGAAGAGAGCUAUUUUGGUAGUAUGACAAACCCGGAAGUUUAAAAACGUAACAAAAUAUAAAACCGGUUUUGCAAGUUCUCAAACGGCAACGUCAGCAUGGAAGAGAGAUUUGUAUCGCGUGCCACCAGAGGUUCUCUUCGGCGUCUUCGCCUCGCGUAAAAUAAAUACGAGCGAGAAUAAGGCGAAAGAUACAGAACCUCUGGCAACCAGGGUACGAUGACCCUCGACAAACUUCCGGCAAUUAGAGGAGAUUUGGUACGCACAGAUCCCGAUUGGGAAACCUGGGAUUUCCUCAAGCUAACUGAAGCGCUACGACAAUGGGUAAGAAGAAAUCCAGCUGACAAGAACGCUGAACGAGAGCACGAGGAAAACAAACGGAAACGGGACCUCCACAAUAGAUUGUUCCAGGCAAGAGGCGGCGAUUUCAAGGUUAAGGGCUGUGUUUACUGCGGAGAUGAAAACCAUAAAGCUAUUGAAUGUAACAAAGUAACGGAUAUCACCGAGAGGAAAAGAACUCUGGCGCAGAAAGGAUUAUGUUUUAACUGUGCUACGAGAAAUCACCGCGCCGCGGAAUAUCCAAGCAAGACUUCAUGUCAAUACUGUAAGAGACGCCAUCACACCUCGUUGUGCGGACAAGCUCAAGAUGGGAACGUGAAAAAUGGGAAAUUGAUGACAGAUGGUAAAAGUGGUGAUGCAAUAUUUCCCGUUGUGGUCGUAAAGGUUGAUGGAAUCACCUGUCGCGUUCUUGUCGACUCCGGGGCUGGCAGUUCAUGCGCGUCGGCGAAGCUCAUCAAUCUCCUGAAAAAGAAACCAAGUGCGACGAAGAUCCAGCGUAUCAACAUGCUGAUGAGCUCGCGAGUUACAAGAAUUAAGUCAUAUGACGUGGUGAUCGGGUCCGUGGAUGACAGUUACGAAAUGGAAGUACGGGUGACAAAAGUCAACAAGGGUGAACUGUUGAGGAUUGAUAACCCAAGAUAUGAACAGUUGACACGAAAGCAUCAGCACCUGAAACAAGUCGAGAUCAAACAGCAACUCCCGAUUCACAUGAUAUUGGGAAGUGGAGAAUACGCUCGAAUUAAAACCGGAACUGUACCACUUGUCGGUGAGGACGGUGACCCAGUAGCUGUAUUGAACAAACUUGGGUGGUUCGUGAUGAGCCCGGGGGGUUAUUUUGACAAAACCACUGUUCUGAUGACACAAACCUCUCAGAGUGACUACGAGAACCUCUGUCGUCUGAACGUGCUAGGGAUUGCAGACAGCGGAGAAAAUUAUCAAGAGAUGGUCUAUCAAGAUUUCAAAGAGAAACAAGCAGAAGCCGCACAGAAACGGUAGCUAAAGACGGACGAUAAGAAACCCGCAAAAGAGUCUACACCUGAUAAAUCUCAAGAUAACUCGCAACCCGAGAACCUUCCAAAGCAACCAAAUUCUGACAAAGAACCUCAACCCGCAUCAAAUGUUCCACCUGCGCAAGACACUCAACCCAACUACCAGGCGAACAAUCAGGCACCUGAGCUGACCUUUACUGCUCAGCAAGCAAACAACGGUGAAAAUAAACCCAUAAAGGAUUCAAACCCUGAAAAAUCUGAGCAAAAUUCUCAAAAUCCUCAACAACUAAACCCCACCAACGGUCAACAACAAAACUUCGCUGCUGAGAACUUGGAUACAAAAGACAAGCAAAAACCCAUCGAAGAAAGUGCCCCGCUAAAACCAAACUUGAAGGACGGAAAACAACAAGUGGAAGACCAACCCAAACCCGCAGCUAAUUUUAAGCCCGCUUCUGGCGUGAAGUCUAAGGGAAAAAGCCCGGUUGGCGUGCCCGCGUAUAGCUACAAAGAUUUGGUUACGCAAGAGUUGGAAGCCAUAAAAGAUUCACCGUCUACUAAACAGUUUAAAGCUGAUGUCUUGAAGGAGGUGCAAGUCAAACUUAAAUUUGGCACCUUCCCUCAGAUCGACACAUCAAAGGUAUUCGUCAAGCACAAAGUAGCAAAGCCGAAUAGAAAACACAGUGUGACCAAACCGAAACAAAGAAAGGGCAAGGGAAAUAUGCAACCGUGCACAAGGAAGACGAAGCCAAACAUGGAAUCGUGCACAAGAAAGGCGAAGCCAAACAUGGAAUUGUGCACAAGAAAGGCGAAGCCAAACAUGGAAUCGUGCACAAGCAUCGCAAGCUACAUGGUAAAAAGAAGGGAAGGAAAGCUGCAAAGAAAGCGAAAUUGCAUCGUAGAAAGAAGAAACAUCAUUUUAAGAGAAUAA